CCAUGGGGGGUAUACCACGCUUUGGUCGACUUCUCGGGGAUAUUUAUGUCUGUAAGCAUUCCAUCAUUGGUGAUGCAAUCCGUUCUAUUGGUGGAAUGGCUGUUGUCCUUGCUCUUGUAGAAGCUGCUGAAACGAGGGACAUGCUUCACAUGGCUUUGACACUGCUUGCAAGUGCCCUUCAUCAGAAUCCUCAGAAUAUACGAGACAUGCAGAAAUACAGAGGAUACCACUUGCUUUCACUUUUUCUUCAUCGCAAAAUGUCAUUGUUUGACAUGCAGUCUCUUGAUAUCUUUUUUCAGAUUGCUGCAUGCAAGGCUUCUUUCUCUGAACCAAAGAAAACUCGAACCUCACAGAGCUCCCCGGCACCGGCUCCAACUAUUAGUGAAGUAAGCUUUGAGGAUCUUAAUUUGGCCAAGUUCCAUGAUGAAUUUUCAUCAGUUGGGUCUCACGGAGAUAUGGAUGAUUUCUCUGCACAGAAAGAUUCGUUCAGUCAUGUAUCGGAGUUGGACAAUACCGAUAUGCCCACUGAAACAUCUAAUUGCAUUGUUUUGUCAAAUGCUGAUAUGGUUGAACACAUCUUGUUGGACUGGACCCUCUGGGUGACUGCUCCAAUUCCAAUUCAGAUUGCUUUACUGGGAUUUCUAGAGAAUCUAGUCUCCAUGCAUUGGUAUAGGAAUCAUAACCUUACGAUUCUUCGCAGAAUUAACCUUGUUCAGCAUUUACUUGUGACUCUACAGAGGGGUGAUGUUGAAGUGCCUGUAUUGGAGAAGCUUGUUGUGUUGUUGGGGGUCAUCUUGGAGGAUGGGUUCCUUCCUUCUGAAUUGGAACUUGUUGUUCGGUAUGUGAUUAUGACAUUUGAUCCACCUGAACUGACUUCCCACCAUCAAAUUGUGCGAGAAUCAAUGGGGAAGCAUGUAAUUGUAAGAAAUAUGUUACUUGAGAUGCUAAUUGAUCUGCAGGUGACUAUUCAAUCUGAGGAGUUACUUGAGCAGUGGCAUAAAAUUGUGUCAUCAAAACUAAUUACUUAUUUUCUUGACGAAGCUGUUCAUCCUACCAGUAUGAGAUGGGUCAUGACUCUUUUAGGUGUAUGUCUUGCAUCUUCUCCUACAUUUGCACUUAAGUUUCGCUCCAGCGGAGGUUAUCAAGGUUUGGCAAGGGUGCUUCCAAGUUUUUACGACUCCCCUGAAAUAUACUAUAUUUUGUUUUGUCUAAUUUUUGGCAAGCCUGUAUAUCCAAGAUUACCAGAAGUCCGUAUGCUCGACUUUCAUGCCCUUAUGCCAAGUUAUGGAAACUGUGGAGAGUUGAAAUUUGUGGAACUGUUGGAAUCUGUGAUUGCAAUGGCAAAAUCAACAUUUGACAGGUUAUGCAUGCAAUCGAUGCUUGCACAUCAAACCGGCAAUCUUUCUCAGGUUGGUGCUGGCCUUGUGGCAGAGCUUGUGGAUGGAAAUUUAGACAUGGCUGGAGAGCUUCAAGGUGAAGCUCUGAUGCACAAAACUUAUGCUGCUCGCCUAAUGGGCGGAGAGGCAUCAGCACCUGCUGCUGCCACUUCGGUACUAAGAUUUAUGGUUGAUCUAGCGAAAAUGUGCCCCAUCUUUUCAGCUGUCUGCAGACGGAAUGAGUUUCUUGAAAGCUGUAUUGACCUCUACUUUUCCUGUGUCAGGGCUGCCAAAGCUGUAACAUUGGCAAGAGAACUCACCGUAAAAACGGAAGACAAGAAUUCAAAUGAUGCUGAUGAUACUAGUAGUUCCCAGAAUACAUUUUCUAGCUUGCCUAAUGAACAGGAACAGUCAUUAAAGAUCUCUAUCAGUAUAGAUAACCUUCCUCAAGGGAAGGUUAGUGCUAGUUUGGAAGAUAUGCCCGUUUUCCCGAAUAAUAUAGGUGGUGAUAAAUCGGAGAUAAGUGUUGUCUCAACCCAGGACAGAUUGGAUAAGUCAGUAAAAGAAGAUGUGCAAGCUGUGUUGAGUGUUGAUGCUGAAGCAGUUGACCAGGUCUCCAGUGCCACCUCUAGCAGUAACGAAUUUAAUUACCGUGAUGUGAAAAGCACACAAGAUAACAUCCACCCUGCUGAUGCACAGAGUUCUGCUUCUUUCACCAUGGUUGAAUCUCCUAUUUUAUCUGAGAGAUCUAACUUGAGAAUUCCACUCACUCCCUCUUCGUCCCCAGUUUUAGCAUUGACAUCUUGGUUGGGAGGUGCCAGCCGAAAUGAAUCAAAAGGCCAGUCUGCAUCCACUCCGUCUGUUGAGUCUUCUACAUCUAUGAAUGAAAUUGAUUCCUCGUCAGACUUGUUAAAGUCCAGUUCUCAGGGACUUUAUGCUUCAAACACACUCCUCACAAUUAGUCCGACACUUCUUCUCCAAGUUGAUGAUUCUGGCUAUGGAGGUGGCCCUUGUUCUGCUGGAGCUACUGCUCUUUUAGAUUUCAUGGCAGAAAUUCUUUCUGACUUUGUGACUGAGCAAAUGAAAGCUGCACCAAUGGUGGAGACUAUUUUGGAAAGUGCACCUCUUUAUGUUGAUGCUGAAUCUGUUUUAGUUUUCCAGGGAUUAUGCCUUACUAGAUUAAUGAACUUCCUAGAAAGACGUCUCUUGCGGGAUGAUGAGGAAAAUGAGAAAAAGCUUGAUAAGAGCCGCUGGUCCUUGAACUUAGAUGCACUGUGCUGGAUGAUAGUGGAUCGCGUAUACAUGGGAGCUUUUCCUCAGCCAGCUGGUGUAUUGAAGACUCUGGAUUUCUUGUUAUCUAUGUUACAAUUGGCAAACAAAGAUGGUCGGAUUGAAGAUGCAGUUCCGAGCGGCAAAGGAAUUCUUUCUAUUGGAAGAGGAAGCAGGCAACUUGAUGCCUAUAUACAUGCACUUUUUAAAAAUAUGAACCGAAUGAUAUUAUUCUGUUUCCUGCCAUCAUUCUUAAUCAGCAUUGGGGAAGAUGAUCUUCUUUCACGCUUGGGUUUGAGGAAUGAACAAAAGAAAAGAUUGACUCCUAACUCAUCAUCAGAGGAUGGAGGGGUUGAUAUCUUCACGAUUCUACAGUUGCUGGUUGCCCACAGGCGACUUAUAUUUUGUCCUAGUAAUCUUGACACUGAUCUUAAUUGCUGUCUCUGUAUAAAUUUGAUCUCUCUUCUUAAUGAUCAGAGACAAAAUGCACGGAAUAUGGCUGUUGAUGUUCUCAAGUAUCUUCUGGUACAUCGUAGGGCUACACUUGAAGACUUGCUUGUCUCGAAACCAAAUCAAGGGCCACCUUUGGAUGUUCUACAUGGUGGAUUUGAUAAGCUUUUGACUGGAGAUAUAUGUGAAUUUUUUGAGUGGCUUCAUUGUUCUGAACAGGUUGUCAAUAAAGUGUUGGAACAGUGUGCUGCCAUAAUGUGGGUACAGUUCAUUACAGGUUCAACAAAGUUUCCUGGUGUGAGAAUAAAAGGCAUGGAUAGUCGUCGUAAGAGAGAAAUGGGGAGAAAAUCCCGUGACACCUCAAAAUUAGACCUAAGACAUUGGGAACAGGUGAAUGAACGGAGAAUCGCACUUGAAUUGGUUCGUGAUGUGAUGGCUACUGAACUAAGAGUCAUUCGUCAGGAUAAGUAUGGAUGGGUCCUUCAUGCUGAAAGUGAAUGGCAAACUCAUCUUCAGCAACUUGUGCAUGAGAGAGGAAUAUUUCCGAUUGGUAAAUCUUCCCUGAAUGAAGAGCCUGAGUGGCAACUAUGCCCCAUCGAAGGUCCAUACAGGAUGCGCAAAAAGCUGGAGCGGUGCAAAUUAAAGAUCGAUUCUAUUGAAAAUAUUCUGAAUGGACAAUUUGAGUUAGGAGAAGGAGAACUUUUCAAGGAGAAAACUGAAAAUGAACUCAAUGCCUCUGAUACUGACUUCGAUCCUAUUUUCAAUCAUCUAAAUGAUAAGACAAAAGAAGAUUCUUUUAAUGCUGUUCUGUAUGAUGAAUCAAUUUCCAAAGAAUUUGAUGAUGCUCAAGAUGUAGCUUUUAAUGGUGUUGGAUGGAAUGAUGAUCGUGAUAGUAGUAUAAAUGAAGCAAGUCUUCAUUCAGCUGCUGAAUUUGGUAUCAAGUCCAGUGCUGCCUCUACUCAAAGAGCAGACAGUAUGUAUGGAAAGUCUGAUCUAGGAUCACCAAGGCAAUCUUCUUCAAUCAAAGUUGAUGAAGUGAGAGUGGCAGAGGACAAAUCAGACAAAGAACUAAACGACAAUGGUGAAUAUUUGAUUAGACCUUAUCUUGAACCUCUUGAAAAAAUCAAGUACAAGUAUAACUGUGAAAGAGUGGUGGAUCUGGAUAAGCAUGAUGGUAUUUUUCUGAUUGGAGAACUAUCACUAUACGUCAUUGAGAAUUUUUACAUUGAUGAUUCUGGAUGUAUAUGUGAAAAAGAGAGUGAAGAUGAUCUCUCUGUCAUCGAUCAGGCCUUGGGUGUGAAAAAAGAUUUCUCUAUCGAUUCCAAUUCCAAGUCAACUUCAUCCUGGGGUGCUACAGUGAAAGUAUAUGCUGGGGGUAGGGCAUGGGCAUAUAAUGGUGGUGCAUGGGGAAAGGAAAAGGUGUGUACCAGUGGUAAUGUGCCCCAUCUUUGGCAUAUGUGGAAACUUGACAGUGUUCACGAGCUUCUGAAGCGUGACUAUCAACUUCGUCCCGUUGCUAUCGAGAUUUUCAGCAUGGAUGGUUGCAAUGACCUUCUGGUUUUCCACAAAAAGGAGAGAGAAGAAGUUUUCAAAAAUUUGAUGGCCAUGAAUCUGCCAAGAAACAGCAUAUUAGACACAACAAUAUCGGGGUCAACAAAACAGGAAAGCAAUGAGGGCAGCCGUCUUUUUAAGGUUAUGGCCAAAUCCUUUUCCAAGAGGUGGCAAAAUGGAGAAAUUAGCAAUUUCCAGUACCUCAUGCAUCUUAACACGCUGGCAGGUCGUGGGUACAGUGAUCUCACCCAGUAUCCAGUGUUCCCCUGGGUUUUGGCAGAUUAUGAGAGUGAAAAUCUGGACUUUUCUGACCCUAAAACAUUCCGUAACCUUGGUAAACCAAUGGGUUGUCAAACAUCCGAAGGAGAAGAGGAGUUCAGAAAGAGAUAUGAGAGCUGGGAUGAUCCAGAGGUUCCCAAAUUUCAUUAUGGUUCUCAUUAUUCCAGUGCUGGAAUUGUUCUUUUCUACCUUUUACGCCUGCCACCAUUCAGUGUUGAAAAUCAGAAGCUGCAGGGGGGACAAUUUGACCAUGCUGAUCGUCUUUUUAACAGUGUACGAGAUACUUGGUUGAGUGCUGCUGGGAAAGGCAAUACAUCGGAUGUCAAGGAACUAGUUCCAGAAUUCUUCUAUUUGCCAGAAUUCCUGGAAAACAGGUUCAAUCUUGACUUGGGUGAGAAACAAUCGGGAGAGAAGGUUGGUGACGUGUUAUUACCUCCAUGGGCGAUGGGCAGUGCUAGGGAAUUCAUCAGGAAGCACAGGGAAGCACUGGAGUCUGAUUAUGUUUCAGAGAAUCUGCAUCACUGGAUAGACCUCAUCUUUGGAUAUAAACAGAGAGGGAAGGCAGCCGAAGAAGCUGUGAAUGUCUUCUACCACUAUACAUAUGAAGGCAGUGUUGAUAUAGACUCUGUUGCAGAUCCUGCAAUGAAAGCCUCUAUUCUGGCACAAAUAAAUCACUUUGGACAAACGCCAAAACAAUUGUUCUUGAAGCCCCACGUGAAAAGACGAACUGAUAGAAAGCUUCCUCCUCAUCCGCUCAAGCACUCUACAUUUCUUGUGCCUCAUGAUAUUCGUAAGAGCUCAUCUUCUAUUUCUCAAAUUGUCACUGUCGCUGACAAGAUUUUAGUGGCCGGUACAAAUAACUUGCUGAAACCCAGAACUUAUACCAAAUAUGUUGCAUGGGGGUUUCCGGAUCGUAGCUUGAGAUUUGUGAGCUAUGAUCAAGAUAGGCUUCUUUCUACUCAUGAGAAUCUUCAUGGAGGCAACCAAAUCCAGUGUGCCAGUGCAAGCCAUGAUGGUCAGGUUUUAGUUACAGGGGCAGAUGAUGGUUUGGUAUGUGUUUGGAGAAUUGGCAAAGACGGACCACGUGUUCUUCGGCACCUGCAGUUGGAGAAGGCUCUUUGUGCCCAUUCGGGUAAAAUCACGUGCCUUCAUGUUAGCCAGCCUUACAUGAUGAUUGUGAGCGGAUCAGAUGAUUGUACUGUCAUCAUAUGGGAUCUUAGCUCUUUGGCUUUCAUUAGGCAACUUCCCGAGUUCCCUUCACCUGUUUCUGCUAUAUAUGUGAAUGACUUGACGGGAGAAAUAGUGACUGCAGCUGGUGUGAUGCUUGCAGUUUGGAGCAUUAACGGGGACUGCCUUGCAAUUGUCAACACAUCACAACUUCCAUCCGACUUCAUUCUCUCACUUACAGCUUCUACCUUCUCUGAUUGGUUGGAAACUAACUGGUAUGUCUCGGGUCACCAAAGUGGAGCCGUUAAGGUCUGGAAAAUGGUUCAUUGUUCAAGCGAGGAGUCUGCCCAAAUCAAACAGACUGGAAAUUUGACAGGAGGGCUAGCUCUUGGAGGUAAAGUUCCCGAGUACAGGUUGGUCCUACAUAAGGUUUUAAAAUUUCAUAAGUUUCCUGUUACUGCCCUCCACCUUUCUGGUGACCUCAAACAGUUAUUGAGCGGGGAUACCGGUGGCCAUUUGAUUUCAUGGACAUUACCAGAUGAAAGCUUGAGAUCUUCAAUUAAUCAGGGAUGAUCGAAGGAUAGAAGGUAUUUAUUUUUUUGGGAGGUCUCUUGGAUUGAGCUCUCGCAUUCAUGGAAGAAGUGACCGGGUCUACACUAUAAACACAUGAAGCAAGAGACUCCCCCUUGUCGCAGGUGUGCCUCACAGCUUCGAGAGUAGGACGUGGAAUAUUUGAUGGCUGCAAAUUGUUGUGGUUUUUCGUGAUUGCCAGAGGGAGACGACUUGUAUAUAGUGAAAGGUAUGUGACAGUGUAUAAUGAGGUUGUAUAGAAGUGUUGGCAGAAAUGGAAGCUUGGCUCGAAAAUUAUCCAAACUGACUUUAACACUGGAUAAGACCUAUUGAAUGGGCCUUUUUGGUUUGGCUUCGUUCCAGCGAUGGGCAUUUUGUUAUGAUUUGUAUAAUUCUUUUAGAUUAUUAGUAUAUAUACCAAGAUUAAAGGGGGGCUCUAAUUUCUCCAUCUUUCCUUCUUUCCUACCCUGGCAAAGUUUAGAUUUUACUUCUUUUACGUGUGGAUUAGUUCAUGUGGUAAUCAACAAGAUUUUAGUAUUUUUUUCCCCCUCUAAACCUAACAGUCGAUGUUUUUCAUCCAUUAACUAUCUGCAGUUAUUUAUUGGGGCGCACGAUUAUAUCUUCAACAAGGCGAAAAUUCUCCUG